UAGACCAAUGCGUCUCGGGGUGAACCUGCCGUGGCUGCGGCGAUGGGACCAGCUCGGAGAAAUGUCAGACUGUGCAGGAAUUUAGCCUGAACUCCAUCCAGUCUCACAGGGCGGGACGGUGUCGCACGGCUGCCGCGGACUAUGUGACGUUAGGCGUCGGUCUCGCCCCGAGGCGUCAUGCUUUUAUUUCAUCCAACAUUGAAGAAUGGAUCCGGCGAAGCGCAGGGCGCUGAAGUUGAGACGGCGGUGUGCUCUGGAUGUUGCGGCGGCAGUGGAAAUGCUGCCUCUCUGUGUGGGACGGUGAAAUAAAUAAUGAGCAGCCAGAAGGUUGGGAGAUAAAAGGGAAUAAUACCUGAGUGACAGAAGAAGUGUGUGAGGCUGAACACACUGGAGACACUUUGUGCUGAACUGUUGUAGAGACCUCCCGCCGCUCUUGUGGAUUGUGUUGCUGUUUAAUGCGAUGGGCUGCAUCCAGAGUAUCAGGUGUAAGCCCAAGAGUUUCCGAGACAGUGUCAUCGUCCUGGAGGUGAACACCUCCAUCGAUUCCAACCCCACCAGCAUCGACGAGUCCAACGGCGUGGUGCUCCGCUACCGGACGCCGCACUUCCGCGCUCAUGCCCAAGUCCUGGUGCCGCCGGUGCCCUGCCAGGAGACGUGGACCAUCGGCUGGAUCCAAGCCUGCAACCACAUGGAGUUCUUCAAUACUUAUGGAAACAAGGGGAUGUCCAGUUGGGAGCUUCCUGACCUGCGCGACGGCAAGAUCCAGGCCAUCAGCGACUCGGACGGUGUUAACUACCCAUGGUACGGAAAUACCACAGAGACCUGCACUGUCGUAGGUCCCACCAAGAGGGACAGCAAGUUCACUGUUAGUAUGAAUGACAAUUUCUACCCCAGCGUGACCUGGAGUGUGCCAGUCAGUGACAGCAACGUGCCUCAGCUUAGCAGCAUCCACCGCGACCAGAGCUUUACCACCUGGCUGGUGGCCAUCAACCAGGCCACCUCAGAGACCAUAGUCCUCCAGACCAUUCACUGGCGGAUGAGGCUCAAUAUUAAGGUGGACCCAGACAAGCCUCUGGGUCAGCGGGCCGUUCUGAAUGAGCCCGUGAUCCAAGAACCGCCCCAGAUUCUGGGAAAGAACGAGCCCAUCCCUAUUAACGCCAUGGUCAAGCCCAACGCCAAUGACGCCCAGGUGCUCAUGUGGCGGCCAAAGAUUGGUGACCCCGUGGUGGUCAUCCCACCUAAAUACUGACCUGUGCACUGACCAGGUUGGCCUUCAGCAGUAUCAUUUCAUAUCUGUUCUCGUUCUUUUUGAGCACACCUACUCUCCCUUUAGAUCUUUUUCGACUUCAGCGUCCGGAUGUUUUGCCUCUACUUUCCUCUCCGAAAACGAGCAGAGACUAAGCUGUGAGGAAAAGAAAAAACAAAGACCAGCAAAUGCUGUGAGGGCGGAGUCUGUGUUGAACAUAGUUUUAAAACUGGAGUGAACUAACUGCAACCAUUCUACCUUCAAACUGAGUUGGGACUCACUGUGCUAAAGGAGAAACAGGAGUAAUCCUUCGAUUUAUAUUUUAUAUUUUAUAUUGUGGCUUCCAGGCCAAGUGAUGCAAAGAGUCCGAAUACAUGUAGUAUUUCCAUGUCUGCUCUCAUGCUACAUGCACUACAAAGAUAUGCAUGGACGCUGGAUGUAAGCAUCAGUGAUUACAUCACUCUCGUCAUAAUCCUCACAUGGAAAAUAAUAUUAGGGAAAUUGUUUUUUUCUUUCUUUUUUUUAAAAAAAACAAACAAACAUGCAAAACAUCAAAUCCAUGCUGCCUUAAGUUUACAUUGCUUUCCACUGGAAAAAAAUAUUGAGCCUUAAACAAAGUGCAAUGCAGUGUUGUGUUAAUUUGUUGCAUCUGGUUCAGACCUUUUGGUGCUGGAACGUGUGGGUUCAGAGCAGUGAGCGACAGCACGGAGGAGACGUGUCUGACAUUUGUGUGUUUAGCUUCAGUGUUUUCCCUGACGGAUGUUUGUCCGACAUAUUCAUACAACCAGCAUCACGUGAGGAACAACCAGGAGAACUCGUUGUGUUUCGUGUGUAUUAUGCAAAAGAGAAGCUGCUCCGUGCAGGGGAGAGCGUGAGCACUGCAUUUCAAACUGUACGGUUUGUGCAAUAAGAGCAUAAGCAGCAGAAGUGAGUGAAGAGCCAACCUCACUGAACCUCGUCUCCGUCACCUGUCCCCUGGUUUAGUGGCAGCUGCUAGAACAUUCACCAACGCUCCAUCUCAGGGUCCUCCUCCACUUGUAAUCUUUCUGUCUUGUUGUCUCGUGUCCACUGUCCACUGACCGCGGACUGUUUGUUUCUGUGCAGUGCUCCGAUAAAAAAAAAAAAA